AUGGGUGUGAAGCUCACUGGAGCUCUCCUAGUAGUCCUUCUCUACCUCAAAUUCAGUAUCUGUGAUGGGGUUUCAAUCAAAGGAUGCAAAGAAAAUGAAAGGAAAGCACUUCUUGAUUUAAAAGAAGGGCUUAAAGAUCCUGGCCGACGGCUAUCAUCUUGGGUUGGGCAAGACUGCUGCAUUUGGAGAGGAGUUCAAUGCGAUAACCAAACAGGGCAUGUUGUGCAACUUGAUCUUGGUAACAAGAGGCCUCUUCAUGACAUGUUUCAAUAUGGCCCACGUUCUGAGCCACUGGAAGGAGAGAUCAGUCCUGCUUUGCUCUGGUUGAAACACUUAAAAUACUUGGACCUCAGCAUGAACUUCUUUGGAGGUAUUCAAAUCCCUGCUUUCAUUGGUUCACUUGCACAACUGCGUUAUCUUGAUCUCUCUUGUGCUGGCUUUAGUGGACUAGUUCCUCAUGAGCUUGGCAAUCUCUCACACUUGCAUCAUCUUGAUCUUUCUAAUCCUUUCUAUUCUUCUUGGAACAAACUCUACAUUGUUGGAAGUUAUUGGCUCUCAAAUCUUUCUUCUCUUCAGUACCUCAAUUUGAAUUUUGUUGGCCUCUCCAAAGCAACUGAUUGGUUGGAAUCACUGAACACCCUCCCUUCAGUUUCAGAAAUAUACUUAUCAAACUGCACUCUUGAGCUUCCUCUUUCUCUUGCACAAGUUAAUCUUACAAAGCUUAAAGUUCUUGAUCUCUCUAGUAACAAUGUUCAUUCUGUAGUGCCACCUUGGUUGUUCAAGUUAAGCAGCCUUGAGAAUCUAGAUUUGAGUGUCAAUGCUUUCAAAGAGCUUGUCCCUAGUGCUAUUGGGAAUUUAACAUCUCUGAGAGUCCUCAACCUUGCCAACAAUAGAGUCCUAGAAGUUGGAGUGCCACUGAGCUUAGAAAACCUCUGCAUGUUGACCUCAUUGGAUCUUUCAGGGAAUAAAUAUCUGCAUGGUGAUCUGAAUGAACUUGGAGAAGUGUUUUCAGGUUGCAUCAAAGAUAGCUUGGAGAUACUGAACUGGGUCUUCAGUGAACUCACAGGACAAUUUCCAGAUUGGCUAGGAAACCUCAAGUCUCUCAAGAUGCUCAAUCUCUAUGGCAACUAUUUCUAUGGCCCAUUCCUUCAGCUGGGACUUCAUUCUUUGAAAAAAUUGGAUGUUUCUCGCAAUACAUUGAAUGGAAGUGUCCCAGUAAAUUUGGCUCACUUGGCUGGUCUUGCAAAGCUUCAACAUCUUGGCUUUUCUGCUAAUGAAUUUAGGGUUGAUCUUGGUUCACAAUGGGUGCCUCCUCUUGGCUUAAAAAUGCUUCUCAUGUGGAACAGCAAAUUAGGCCCAGGAUUCCCUUCAUGGAUUCAAAAGUUGGAGAAUCUCUCUGCUCUCCUUUUAUCGAAUGCUGGAAUUUCAGACACUCUGCCAGACUGGUUUUGGAACUUCUCAGCAAAUCUUCAACUUGUAGAUUUAUCACUCAAUGUCAUCAGAGGCAAGCUGCCUGCUACAUUAGAGCAUCUCUCAAAUCUUAGAUAUGUUGAUCUCAGUGGAAACUCAUUUGAAGGAUCAUUACCACAAUUUCCUGCAAAUUUAGAGUAUUUGCUUCUGUUUUCAAACACGAUUACAGGAAGGAUUCCAGAAACAUUAUGUUAUCUGAAGAAGUUGGCAGCUCUUGAUCUCUCUAAAAAUCAACUUAUAGGUGAAAUUCCUGAUUGCUGGAAUCAUUCUCUCAGACCAAGAUUAUUCACUUUUGAUUUGUCCGACAAUAAAUUAUCCGGAGGUAUUCCUACAACCAUUUGUUCCUCAUCUUUGGAUUAUUUGCACUUGAGCAACAAUAAUUUGUCAGGAAAGCUCCCUUUAUCUUUGAGAAAUUGCAGAGCCUUGAGGACUCUUGAUCUUGGCCAGAAUAAGAUUAGUGGAAGCAUACCGACAUGGCUUCCCAAGAGCUUACUGAACUUGGAGGCACUUCGGCUUCGGUCUAAUAUGUUUGUUGGUCUUAUUCCUCCUGGGUUGGGAAAUCUUACUGCUCUUCGUGUCAUAGAUUUUGCAUAUAAUCAUUUGUCUGGACUGAUACCACAUAGUUUUGGCAACUUGAAGGCAAUGAGAGUUGCUCAUACAAUUUUUUAUAACAAGAAGGUUGCAUUUGUAGCAUAUGACAAAAUCUCACUGGAUUAUGUUGACAACAUGGAGAUUCUUUACAUGACUUCAAAUAAACUCGGCCUUGGCUACAUGGACAAUAUGAGAGUCAAUCUUAAAGGCAAAGAUGUUAGGUAUGGCAAGCUAUUGCCAUUGGUCAUCUCCAUUGACCUUUCUAGGGGAAUUCCACAAGAGAUCAACAUGUUACGAUGGUUGGAAUCACUUGAUUUAUCUAUGAAUAAUCUUUCAGGUCCUAUACCAGCAACAAUGACCAUGUUAUCUUUGUUGAGUCAUUUGAACCUCUCAUAUAAUAAUUUAUCUGGGGAAAUUCCAUAUGGUGGUCAAUUAUUUUCACUUCUGGAUCCUUCAAUCUAUGCUGGUAAUUCUGCUCUUUGUGGGCUUCCAAUAAGCAAAGAGUGUAAAAAUGAUAGAGUAGCUCCACACCAAAAAACAAGUUAUGAUGGUGGUAUUGUUUCUCAAGAUGACAACAAUUGGCUUUUGUUGAGCAUGGAAGUGGGAUAUUGUUUUGGACUUUUCACUUUUGGUGGUUUGUUGCUGCUUAAGAGUGAAUGGAGCUUUUCUUUUUUUCAAUUUAUUGAUAAUUUUCAUGUGUGA